UAUGCAUGUAUCUUAUUGUAUGACUGCGUACAUGUAAAAUCGGUCUAAUUUCCCUGCCAUGUCGACGUCCGGAGCGCUCACGAGCUACUACGUCGAUUCCCUCAUCCUACCCGAGAGCGAGGAGCUCUCCGCCCCGAGGUACCCUCCCGGUGCCGGGCUCCAGCACCCGAGACAGCCCGCCUCUGUGGUGGAUCACAGCGAACUCGGUAAUUGCGCCUUCCCGUCCAAACCUCCCGUAUUCGGGCCAUCAUGGAACCACGUCCCAGCUCAGUUCCCAGGCACCGUCUCCUCAGUUUAUCACCACUACGGACAUCCGCAAGGCCCGAUGGGCGCGGAAACAGACGGCCGCUACCAGUCCUGGCUCCUUGAGCCAGUCUCUAUGCCCGGAUUACCGACGAGCCACCACCAUUACGCCAUCAAACCAGAGGGUCUGGGAACGCCGCCGGGAUCGCACACGACGCUACUGCUCUCCGAAUACACCAACGGCACAGUGGCGACACCGUCACCCGGAGAGAAGGACGAGCUGUCCGCGCAAGGAGGCGAGCUGAGCGCAGAUGGAGAGGACAAGCCGGGCCUGGACCCAAAUAAUCCUGUGUCCAACUGGCUCCACGCCAGCGCCACGAGGAAAAAACGCUGCCCUUACACCAAGCACCAGAUCCUGGAGUUGGAGAAGGAGUUCCUCUUUAACACCUACCUGACCAGGGAUCGCAGGUACGAGGUGGCUCGGCUGUUGAACCUCACCGAGAGACAGGUCAAAAUCUGGUUCCAGAACCGCAGGAUGAAGAUGAAGAAAUUUAACAAGGACGGCGCGCCGAAAGACGAAUGAAAAGCGCGCAGAUUGGCCUAGGAUUACUUUUGGGCUGUGAGCAGAAUCAGCUGGACAUCUGGUUUUUUUAAACUAUCUUGUCUUACUGUACAAUAUUACAUC